GUAAAAUUAGAAACACAAGUGUUUACAAGUAAAGUCUUUCCUUUCUUUUCCACUUAGUGGAAGCUUUCAUCUAAAGAGCCUCAGACACAGCUGUAAAAAAUGGAAAAUGAUCCUGCUGCUUCAUUUUUUAACAAAUUCACCAACUUUUUCACUCAAAUAGAAAAAGGUGAACCUCAGAUCUUGGCUGAAGAUACACCAGUUCUUGCAUUUUUUCACUCUCUGUCUGAAAAGGGGCAUACGUUUGGGAACAGUAGUGUCCAAAAGCCUGAAACCGAUGAAUAUCAUAAUGAUUCAGUUGAGCAAGAUGUUAAAGGUAUGGAAAUGUCAAGCCAAACUACAAACUCAAGCUCAAUAGAAACAUCAUCUGAGAAGGAGGUUUCUGUAGAGACAGAAGAUGGAUUAACAAGGACAGGUACACCCAUGGAGCAGUGCAGCACCCAUACCAGUUUGAAACAGAGAUCACCUCAUGAGCCAUGGAGUGAUUAUAAUGUUAAUACUGAGGUUAGCAUUAGCGCAAACCAAGAGGAAAUCCUAAUUCAAAAAGUGGUAUCUCAUACAGAAAGAGAGCUGAAUAUGGACCUACAAGUUAAUGUGCAUCACGGGAAUUCCUGUAAAGACUCAUUGUCAGCUUGCCAGGCUGACCGGGAGGCAGCAGAUGGUCAAGCUGACAUGCUAACCAGAGCACUUAGUCAGGAGUUAGCCAAUAGCCUGAGCUUUUCAGUGCUGGCAAAAAGCUAUAGCGGUGGGAAUUUUUCAGACAUCAGUAAACAUACUGUUCUUCUAAACAGUAAUGAGGGAUCACCUGAAAAUGCUAGUGAUAUAACAAAAGGCAAUAAUAAAGAUGCAACUAGCAACAAAAAUACAUGCAAGCUUGGAGGGAAUCAAGAGUCUGAAAUUCUUGUUCUGUCAACUAAUAUCGCUAGUGAAAAGCUCAAUGAGUGCAAACCUCAAGAGAGAACAGAGCUCAAAUAUGCAGACACUCAAACACAUCAAGCAUCAAAUAUCAACAAAAAUGAGAUGUACACCAAGUCUGAACUUCAUGUGAGCUCUACAAACAUUGACAAUCCACCAUCCACUGUAGACUCUAAGACAUCAUCUACAAACAUCAGUAAUGAGCUUUACAGAAAGACUAAUGAUCAGGUGAUGUCAACUGUUGGCAGCAAUCAGGUUGCAUCUAAUGGAAGUACUGCCACAAACGUGCUUAAUAACCAAAAAUUAUCCACUGAUAUUUUUGGUCAGAGCAUAUUAACAGACACCACUCAUCUUCAGGAAGGCCAAGUCCAUACCACUUAUCUAGGUUUUCUGCCUACAAGCCCUACAACUCUCAUCCCUGUUGAUGUCAGUACCCUAAACGAACACCCAGAUGUAGAUAGCAGUGUCCAAACAACCAAUGUUGGUGCAACCACUGUCCAAGCAAUUAUGGAGCUAAGGAGUGAGGAUGUACACUGUUCCAUCAGUACAGAGACAUGCAACAAAGGCAGUGUAGAAUUAUCCACACAAUCCACUUUGUUGGAGGAUCCUUUGGCCAUGCCCCCUCAGGAUACUACCCCCUCUUCUAACCUAGCUGAGAUGAGAGAUGCUGGAAAACUUUCUGUUACCUCAUCAAAUCUUCAUGUCAUUGAAAAAGGGAAUGACCUCUGUACAUUUCCCAAAUGCGAUUCUGAGCAGAUGUUAGACAAUUUAGGACCAGCAGUUCCAGGCAGUCAGAAUGUAACCCAGGAAGGAAGAGUAAUUAAUGAAGAUGGACAACAGGCAGGGAAGCCAGAUAUGGUGAAGAAAGAAGAAAGAAAGAUAGAAGAUGCACAGGAUAACCUGGCACAAAUAGAAGGUGAACAUGAUACUCACAGUGAGAAAGCCACCACUGGAAAGAUGAAGAAAGAGCAAGGAGAUAAAACAUCAGAGUCUUUAAAUGUAGCAUCUGCUUCUGGAAACCCUCAAAAUCAACCUACCACUAAAAACACUUCCAGCCCAACUCCAGAUUCUGGAGUUUUGGAGAAACCUCACCAGAUACUCUCAUUCUUCACUGAAAUCAAAGAGCUUAAGAAAGAAAUAGAUGAGCAGAAGGAGGAAUCAACCCCAGAGCAACGCAAAGGCCCUGAUUUGAUGAACCGAAUGUCUGUUAGACGAGGACUUUUCUCUGAGCAGCAUUCCAAAAAGGAGGUGAAGGGGACCUUCCUUGAACAGCUCUCCCAGCUCUUAAGAUUUGAUGCCAGCAAAUUAGAAAUAAAAAGAGAACAGAAAACUCCAACAAGUCCUCCAAUGUCUCCCAGCAGCCAGGAAUCAGCAGCAGAGAAACUUAGCAUAUUUGAAACUGAUGAAGAGCCUACUGUAGCUUCAUCAGAGGGUAACAGCAAAUCCACAAAUGCUGAGACAGCUCUCGAAGCCUUCAAGGCAUUUUUUACCCCUAAACCACCCAAGAAGGACACCACUGAUCUGGAAGCUGUGAAGAAAACCUUAAACAAAGACGCUAUCCGAGCUAUCUUUGACAGUCACUCUAGCAAGUCUCCAGACAACAGGAACCUCUCUGAUUCAAAAUCUUACGAAAGUGAAGAAAGGACUCCAGGGAGGCUCCAGGCCGUCUGGCCCCCACCAAAGCCCAAAGACAAGGAGGAGAAGAUAGGACUGAAAUACACAGAGGCUGAGCACCAGGCAGCUCUUCUACAACUAAAGAGAGAGUGUAAGGAAGAGGUGGAAUCAUUAGAGGCUGAUUUUAAGGUCCAGUUGUUCCGCUUGCGAGAGGAGAAUGCAGAAUCUGUGUCCAGAUUGCAGACUGCCAUUGCAGAACUGAAAGAGAAGGCCAAGCGUUCCCACGGUGACCUUUGCGAUGUGGCCGUGUCCACAGAGGACAAUGUCACGCCUCGUGCCUUUCGCACCGUGUGCAUCCAGACAGACCGAGAAACCUUCAUCAAGCCUGUGGAGGAUGCAGAAUUGAGUAGUGGCCUUUGUCCUCAACCAGUUGUGCCUAAAAAACUGGAUCUCACUUCAAUUAAUCUUAGCCUUUCUGGCAAACAGCCCGAAGCCAAGCAAGGUCUGCCUCCUCUUGCCCUGCCUCUGCCACCCCCACCACCACCCUUACCUGUUCAGUCAGAAUCUGAAACCAACAGAGCCCCACCCCCUCCACCAUCAUUAUCAGGUCAUUGUGACAGUAAUGAUUUUUCCAAACCUGACAAGUCUUUGGACAGACACCUGCCACUUGAAAAAGGCAGUGGUCCACCCCCUCCACUACCACCUCCACCUAUGGCUGGAUAUGGUCUUCCUCCUCCACCUCCACCUAUACCAGGCUCUGCCCCCUCUCUUCCAACUGGAACCAGUUUAUUACUCUCUAAAGGUGAAGAGUGGCCACAACGGAAGCCGAGAGUGGAGCCAGUUUGCCCAAUGAAACCUCUCUACUGGACACGCAUACACGUUCAAAACAACAGAAAUGAUACGCUGUGGAGCUCACUCAAGGAGCCAGCCAUAAUAAACACCAAUGAGUUCGCAGAGCUGUUCGCUAAGAUGUCUUCACCCGCUAAAAGGAAACCCCUUUCUGAGGCCUAUGAGAAGAAAGGCAAAGCUAAGAAGAUCAUUAAGUUAUUGGAUGGAAAGCGCUCUCAAGCAGUGGGCAUUCUAAUCUCAAGUCUCCAUCUGGAUAUGAAGGACAUACAACAGGCUGUUUUGAUGCUGGACAACUCUGUGGUUGACCUGGAUGCUAUUGAAGCUCUCUAUGAAAAUAGAGCUCAGCCUGAAGAACUGGAACGAAUAAGAAAACACUAUGAAACCUCAGAUGAAGAGCAAGUCAAAUUGUUGGACAAGCCUGAACAGUUCCUGUAUGAACUCUCCCGUAUUCCUGAAUUCUCUUUGAGAGCAUGCUGUAUCAUUCUCCAGUCAACAUUCGCUGAUGCCAUUGCUUCUAUCAGGCGUAAAACAGAGAUAGUCCUCCAUGUGUGCAAGGAUCUUCUGGAGCAGGACAGUGUGAAGGAAGUGAUGGGACUGGUGUUAGCUCUGGGGAACUACAUGAAUGGAGGCAGCAGAACCCGAGGCCAGGCAGAUGGCUUCGGCCUAGACAUUCUCCCCAAGCUCAAAGACGUUAAGAGCAGAGAUAAUCACACAAGUUUGUUGGAUUAUGUGGUGUCCUAUUAUCUACGCAACCUUGAUGAGAAUGCUGGAACAGAAAACUGCAUCUUUCCAUUACCUGAGCCUCAAGAUGUCUUCCUCGCUGCCCAAGUUAAGUUUGAGGAUCUCAGCAAGGAGCUCCGAAAGUUGGGGAAAGACCUGGCGGCUUGCGAGAAGGAUGUCCAGAGCGUGUGCUCCCAAACAGCUCAGAUCUACAUACAUCCCUUCAAGGAGAAAAUGGAGGCUUUUAUAACCACUGCUCAGAACGAACAAAUAGCGACUGCACACCAUCUAAUGCAGGCUCAAAAAAGCUUCCGUGACCUGGUGGAAUAUUUUGGGCUGAAGCCACGUUCUGGAGAGCAGGACGUCCUGCCUGGUCAUGUUUUUAUGCUCUGGUUUGAGUUCUGCACUGACUUCAAGACCAGAUGGAAGAGGGAGAAUAAGGCCAUCUCCAAAGAGAGGCUGAAAGAAGCCCAGCAGUCAGUGCGUAACAUCACAGCAGAGAAGAAAGUGGAGACCAGAAGGGUCCAUGCAAACAGCUUGAAGGAAAGACUGCGUCAGAAAGAAGCGAGUAUAAGCAGCACCUAAGAUGUAACCAACUCUUCAUACUAAUACAAGGUGUACUUUACAUCAUUCACGAAUGGGAUUGGUGGCAGUUUUGAUCCAGGUAUUGUGGAAACUGCACAUGGAUUGGAAAAGUACCGCUAUUUGUGAGGGUGCUAUGCAUUCUGCCGAUUGCAGAAGGUCAUUCACUCCACAGUUAUUAGAGUCAUGCUGUAAAACUGUGGUCACUUAAGCUUCUUCCUGGAUUCUCCCCAGGUAAAACUAAUCCAGCUCCAACAGUUAAAGGAUGGAGUUUAAGAACUCUGGCCUGCACAUUAACGGGGAUGUAGCCAAGGAGUGGCCAGGGGCUGCUCUGUGAGCAUUAUAUGAAGUAGGCUAUGGGGAGAUGUGUUAACUCUUCAGAAUUAGUUGACUUUAAUCUUUUGUCACACUAAUUAUUUUCAUGUGCAUGUCAGGGGCUGGACGAAUCCUGUGCUAAGUGAAAUACAGUCAUAUCAACACCUCAGUCUAAACUGAGUUUUUUGUUCAUUUUCUAAGUGUGAGUGAGUCAGCACAUCCUCUUCAGGAACCAAACUUAAUUGUGGCACUGUUUUUAUUUAUUUGCUGAGUUUAACAGCUUAGAAAAAAUAAAAUGAAAAUGUGCCAUAA